AUGAGAUACAUCACCGUCAAGACCGCAAAGAAGCCCUACAAGACCCGCAAGCUUCUGACAGAGACACAGCGGGAAUUCAUUCGCACUUCCCUGGAAGCAGGCCUGCUCCCGGAAAAGAUCGCACCAACGGUCCCUUGCGCGUAUAUAACGGUGAGGCGGAUACAACGGAACAUUUGUCUGUUUGGCAAAACGACUGCGCCACGAUCAUUGAAACAAGGACGACCACGUACGCUGAACGAUGAAAUGCUUGAUGGCUUACGAAGUUUCCUUGAAGAGAAACCCACGGCGUGUCUAGUUGAAAUGAGGAGUUUCUUGUAUAACGAGUAUAACGUCCGAGUAUGCAACUCGACGGUUUCUCGGGUAUUGUCUGAACAAAAGUGGGCGAAAAAGAAACUCAUAUGGGCAAGGAAUAAGUAG